UUUUUUUAACGGAAAAAAUAAAAUUAAGUUGUCAUAACCUAAUUGUCUGUGCUGGGGAAUUGAAACAGUGAAGUGCGAGGACUCUGCUCACAAGAGAGAGAUGGGCGAUCAGCGAUCUGUUACAUGUAACUGUAUCGUCUUAGUCUGUGCUUUUUUGCUGUUUGCUGUUACUGGGUCAUAUGGGUCUCCCUAUGGAACUCGUAAAACAGGCGGGUCAUCUGUAUUUUCUUUAUUUAAUCUCAAAGCGAAGAGUAGGUUUUGGAGUGAGGCUGUUAUACGUGAAGAUUUUGAUGAUCUGGAAUCUUCAAGCCCUGGAAAAAUGGGAGCUCUCAAUUACACUAAGUCAGGUAAUAUUGCAAAUUAUCUAAAGCUUCAGGAAGUGGAUUCUAUGUAUCUCCCUGUUCCUGUGAAUUUCAUUUUCAUAGGAUUUGAAGGAAAGGGGAACCAAGAAUUCAAGCUUCAUCCAGAAGAACUUGAGCGCUGGUUCAUGAAAAUUGACCAUAUCUUUGAACAUACACGAGUUCCACAAAUUGGAGAAGUUCUCACCCCAUUUUACAAGAUUAGUGUAGAUAAAGAACAACGCCACAAUCUUCCCAUUAUCAGUCACAUUAAUUACAAUUUUUCAGUUCAUGCUAUUCAAAUGGGUGAAAAGGUUACUUCUAUCUUUGAGCGUGCCAUCAAUAUUUUGGCUCGCAAGGAUGAUGUGUCUGCUAAAAGUGAUGAUGGGGAUGUCCUUUGGCAAGUGGAUGUGGAUAUGAUGGAUGUUCUUUUUGCUAGCCUUGUAGAAUAUCUACAACUUGAAAAUGCAUAUAAUAUUUUCAUUUUGAAUCCCAAGUAUGACUUGAAGAGAGCAAAAUAUGGAUACCGGAGCGGUUUAUCAGAGUCUGAAAUAACUUUUCUGAAGGAGAACAAGAGUUUGCAAACAAAAAUUCUUCAGUCAGGAAGCAUUCCUGAAAGUGUCCUUGAACUUGAGAAGAUUAAGAGACCUCUGUAUGAAAAGCAUCCAAUGGCAAAAUUUGCCUGGACAGUAACUGAAGACACUGAUACAGUGGAAUGGUAUAAUAUCUGGUUGAAUGCGCUCAAUAAUGUUGAGAAGUUAUACCAAGGAAAUGACACUUCGGAUAUCAUUCAGAAUAAAGUUCUACAGUUAUUGAAAGGGAAGAAAAAUGAAGAUAUGAAACUUAUUCUUGAAAAGGAGUUAAAAUCAGGGGACUUUAGUGGUUUUCAUGCAGAAUGUCUUACAGAUACAUGGAUUGGAAGGGACAGGUGGGCAUUCAUUGAUUUAACCGCUGGCCCUUUCUCUUGGGGCCCUGCUGUUGGUGGAGAAGGUGUGCGCACAGACCAUAGUUUGCCUAAUGUUACCAAAACCAUUGGUGCAGUUGCAGAAAUUUCAGAAGAUGAAGCUGAAGAUCGGUUGCAAGAUGCAAUUCAGGAAAAGUUUGCAGUAUUUGGUGAUAAAGAUCAUCAAGCCAUUGAUAUCCUUUUGGCGGAGAUUGAUAUUUAUGAGCUUUUUGCAUUCAAGCACUGCAAGGGAAGGAAAGUGAAGCUAGCUCUUUGUGAAGAGCUUGAUGAGAGAAUGCAGGAUUUGAAAAAUGAGCUCCAAUCAUUUGAAGGUGAGGAAUAUGACGAGAGUCAUAAAAGGAAGGCUAUAGAGGCAUUAAAAAGAAUGGAGAGUUGGAAUCUUUUCAGCGACACUUAUGAGCAGGAGUUUCAGAACUACACGGUUGCACGGGAUACUUUUCUGGCUCAUUUAGGCGCUACACUGUGGGGUUCCAUGAGGCACAUAAUAUCACCUUCAAUUGCUGACGGUGCUUUCCACUAUUAUGAGAAGAUAUCCUUUCAGUUGUUUUUCAUUACACAGGAGAAAGUUAGGACUGUUAAACAACUACCUGUGGAUCUCAAGGCUCUCAUGGAUGGGCUUUCCUCCUUGUUGUUGCCUUCCCAAAAGGCUAUGUUCAGCCAGACCCUAUUAUCACUUUCAGAAGAUCCUGCCUUGGCAAUGGCAUUUUCAGUUGCACGGCGUGCAGCAGCUGUUCCACUUUUACUUGUUAAUGGAACAUAUAGAAAGACCAUUCGGUCCUAUCUUGAUUCUUCUAUUCUUCAGUAUCAAUUGCAGAGGUUGAAUGAACAUGGUUCUCUCAAAGGAGCACAUGCCCAUACCAGGUCUACACUUGAAGUUCCUAUCUUCUGGUUCAUUCAUGGAGAGCCAUUAUUGGUUGACAAGCAUUAUCAAGCAAAGGCUCUUUCAGACAUGGUUAUUGUUGUCCAGUCAGAGCCGCCAUCCUGGGAAAGCUAUUUGCAAUGCAAUGGGCAGUCACUUUUGUGGGACUUGAGGAGGCCCAUAAAAGCUUCAAUGGCUGCUGUUUCUGAACAUCUGGCUGGUUUACUUCCCCUUCAUAUUGCCUAUAGCCAUGCCCAUGAAACUGCAAUUGAGGACUGGAUAUGGUCUGUCGGAUGCAAUCCUUUUUCCAUAACUUCCCAGGGCUGGCACAUAUCACAGUUUCAGUCAGAUACAAUUGGUCGGAGUUAUAUAAUCACGACUCUUGAAGAGUCGAUACAACUGGUCAAUUCUGCCACUCAUCGUCUACUAAUGGAGCGUACAUCUGAGAAGACCUUCAGGCUCUUUCAAUCCAAAGAGCAAGAGCUUGUGAACAAGUAUAAUUAUGUGGUUAGCCUGUGGAGAAGAAUCUCAACCAUUGCUGGAGAAUUGCGUUAUGUGGAUGCCAUGAGGCUUCUUUAUACGUUAGAGGAUGCUUCCAAAGGGUUUGCUGAUCAAGUGAAUGCAACUAUAGCUCUUCUCCACCCAAUUCACUGCACAAGAGAGAGAAAAGUGCAUGUAGUGUUUGAUAUGACUACAAUUCCUGCAUUCUUAACUGUUCUCGGUGUUCUUUACAUCGUCUUGAAGCCAGGGCGACCAAAGCCCAAAAUUAAUUGAGAAUAAUUCUGAGCAGAGUUUAUGGAUGUGAAAGGUGCAAUGCAAAGUUUGUGUUUCCUUGUACAUGUAUACACAUUUACUUUGAUGCUUGAGGCAGAGAAAAUAGAAAUGAGAAUAGAAAAGUGCAGCCCGUUACUAGUUGAUCCAACUUGGAAAAUUUCUAACAUUUGCAAACUGUAACCUGCAAUUGAAUUGUAUCUUUAUUGAUGAUGUAGCAACCUGAAAUUUUUGCAGCUUAUAUGUAUCACUGCAGCAUUUUAGUGGAGGUAAAGAACCAGGCAUAAA